ACUCACACUUGCACUACUACUUUUCCCGCAGUUGUUGUUGUUCGUUGUUGUUGCUCAUGAGCAUCUCGCCGCGCACGUCGUAAGUUCGUCUGUUAGGGGUUGCGCCACUUGUGCUGCAACACUGGUUACCGUUUCAUGCUGCAGGGGAAUCAAUCUGUCGGCAAUUGUAGUUGGGAGAGAUUGGUGGUGGAGUUACACAGCGUAGACAGUAAUUGUGGGGAUUGCCUGGUGAUUGUUUUUUCCUACUUGGGGUGGAGCAUUUGUUGUUUUUCGAAGAAUUAUAUCGAUAGGUGUUGUUGUGGGUGUGAUCCUGGUCGUACGUGGGUGGAAUUGCUGGGAUUUGACGGUGGAAGGAAGACGAUACUUGGGUUUUAGGGUUAAGGGAGGAAGCGUUUGGAUUUGGAGGUUUUGUUUCCUGUACGUGAGAGGACGCUGAAUGUUGCGCUGUGGGGGUUUUAAGGUGGAAGAAUGGGAGUAACUUUUUUUCGGAGGAGGUCAUGUGUUUCCGUUGGGAGUGUAUGAGUCUGGGAGAAGAGGGAUACAUGCUUCCCCAACAGGGGAAAUCAUGCGCUUUCGGUAGAGGGUUAAAUUGCAAUGGAGCAGCUCGUGGAUAUGGGAUUUCCGCAGGACCUGGCAGCUAAAGCAUUAGCAGCGACGGGAGGAAAAUCUACUCUGACUGCAACAGAGUGGAUCCUUGGUCAGAUGGAUUCUAGAAAUUCUUCCAUUCCGAAACAUCAACUCCCACAGGGGCGUGUCGACCAGUAUUUUGCAUCUAGUUCCGGUAGGAGGGUGGUUCAUCAGUUAGGGGCAGGUAGCUCUAAUUUUAUGUUCCAGUCAGAGGAAGAAAGCAAUGUACAUUGGAGAACUAGACCUUCGUCAAGUGUAUCUCCAUCCCCUGUCAUUGAGAGUGCGGCUGACUUUGAGAAGAAGGGGUUUAUGGCAUCUCCCUCAACUGGGAAAACUCAAGAGGAAGAUUUUCGUUUAAGCAUGUUCCGAAAUGGCAUUCAAGCACUUGGGAAUCAGAGUGGCAGAGAACAUUCUGGCUUUACUCCUCCUGCUACAAGUAAACCUCGGCCUGCAGACGGAAAUGAAACUGUGGCUUCUACCACUCUGAAGUGUUCAGUCCAUUCUCACCCACCAGUCCUGGAACCCUCUUUAAGCAAGAGGCAAAAACCGAAUGAGCCUGUUGAGCAGCAAGAUGACGCCCCUGUUUCAGUUUUUCCUCGGGUUCAGUCCACUCCUGCACCAAUUUUUGGUACAAAGACUUCCGUUGGUAGUAGGAAAAGCUUGGCACCCCUCGCAGAGCGAAUGCGGCCUGCUUCAGUGGAUCUCGUAGUGGGCCAGGACCACUUACUAAGACCAGGUUGUAUACUGCGCAGUUUGAUUGAUAACAAUACUCUCUCGUCCAUCAUUUUCUGGGGACCUCCUGGUACUGGGAAAACUUCGCUUGUGCGAGCCAUCGCACGCGCUGUAUCGUACAGAUUCAUUGCCCUCUCAGCAGUAUCCUGUGGGUUGAAGGAGGUGCGAGAGAUUUUGGAAGAGGCCAAGAGGGUUCGGAAAUUUGGGGAACGCACUCUCUUGUUUCUUGACGAGAUACAUAGGUUCAACAAAUCUCAGCAGGAUGCAUUUCUUCCUUACGUGGAGGCUGGUCAUAUAGUGUUUAUAGGAGCAACCACAGAAAACCCUUCCUUCGAGAUCAAUGCUGCGCUGUUGUCUCGAUGCCGAGUACUAACUCUCAAUAAGUUGCAGCCUGAGCAUAUACGAAGUCUGCUGGACAGAGCAAUUUAUGACAAAGAAAAGGGCCUUUUGUUGUCUUUAGUUGGAUGUGCUCCCGAGGACGUUGUCAGGGUUGAGGAGGAUGCUCUACAGUUUCUGACGGGAGCCGCCGAUGGCGAUGCUCGCGUUGCCUUGAACUCUUUAGAAAUAGCCGGAUUAGCUGCUUAUCGAGUUUGGGAGAGCACUCCUCGAAAAUCUAGUGCAGAUGAUAAGGCUGUUAUUAGCGUGCGUGUUGAUACUAAUCUGAAAACUGACGUUGAAAAAGACGGACAUGCAGAGCUUUCAAAACAAGAGUCAACAUCAACUUUGAUGUUGGUUCCUGCCACAAACCUGAAGCUGGACAUAUCUGGAACCAGUUUUGGAACAAAACGGAUUGAAAUACUUAAGGAAACUUUGAAGAAGGAAAAUUCCCCUAAUUCUCUCGACGAUUACACGAAGCCAUUUAAGAGGUUUGUAGGGGGCAAAGAGGUGGUGAAAGGGGUCAAAGAAGUGAAAGAACGUUCACCGAGUGUAGAGGCAGAACGGGAUCCUGCGGGCCUGGAGAGGAAUGGUAGUAAUUCCUUCAGCUCCGAGAAAAUAGAGAGGACAGGAGGCACCAUGUACGACACCACUGGGGAGGUCGGUGGAAGUGUUGGAAUAGGUGCUGAGAUUAAAAUAGAAAGGAGAAAUAUAGUGGUGACUCUUCAACAAGUGCAAGAGGCCCUUCAACGGUCACAUGUUCUGUACGAUAAAACGGGUGAAGAACACUACAAUAUCAUUAGUGCACUUCACAAGUCAAUGAGAGGUGGAGAUCCGGAUGCAGCAAUUUAUUGGCUUGCACGGAUGCUUGAAGGAGGAGAGGGCCCCUUGUACAUAGCCCGCCGAUUGAUCCGUUUUGCCAGUGAGGACGUCGGCCUGGCGGACCCCCAGGCACUUGUUCAAGCCGUUGCUUGUUACCAAGCUUGUCAUUUCACAGGCAUGCCGGAAUGCAACGUGAAUUUGGCACAGUGCGUGGCUUAUCUUGCACUCGCGCCAAAAUCUGUUAUGGUAUACCAUGCCAUUGAGGCAGCGCAGCGGCUGGUGAAAGGAACCAAGCAAAAUGAACCUGUUCCUAUGCAUUUGAGAAAUGCUCCCACGCAUCUUAUGAAGGAGCUUGGGUAUGGUCGCCAGCCAGCUGAGCCACCUGCUGAUUUCCUUCCUCCGUCUCUUAGAGGGCAUAAGUUCCUCAAUGGUCUCACGCCAGGGUCCUGAAUCAGAACGAUUUUUCAUUUUGAGAGAAUCCAGGAUAUCCACGAAAUUUAAUGACCCGAGAACUAAUUUGAGGAUCAGCACAGCAGUGUACAGUGUUAUCUUUGGAAGCCAGGACUUCUUUGAAACGAAGGCCGUUGGGCAUUCGUCAGACUUUGAUCGAAUGUUGCAGAAGUAGAUGGUUAUGUAGAACAGUUUAUGUCGUACACGCCUGUUUAGUUGUAAGAGCUGAACUAGAUGGUAAGGUGGACGUGCUAAAUCUCGUUCAAUUACUGAAAUUCAGAAGCUCUGCAUGAGGUAUGGAUUUUGUUUACAAAAUGACUCCUUUGUAAAUAUUCGGUGGUAAUUUGUACAUCUACGGGAAUUGGCACCCCUACCCUAAACUUGGAGGUGACUCCUAUUCAUGCAAA